CCUCUAUUUCUCUCGGAGCCAUUCUAUGGUACAAUUUGCUUAUACAAUAGGUAGAGAAGAGAAAAAUUGUCAAGAAGAUUUCUAUUUUAGCGUUCUACCAACUGAAAUGCAGGAUACUAGUAAAGUAUCUUUGGAACCUCGUGGACUUUUCUAUUUAGAUGCUCCGUCAGCAUCUGUGUGUCUACUAAUCCAAUUAGAGAAGCCUGCAAUAGAAGAAGGGGGAGUGACUUCUUCUGUUUAUUCACGUAAAGAACCUGUAUGCAUGAAGAACUUAAUUAGUGACAUAUUUCCAAUGGAUCCACGUCGGGGUUGGGGAGGCAGUACUGAAGCAAGGGAUCUCGCAUCCGACCAAGUCUUUGACCAGCCGCUGGCAGGCCAGCCGGGCAGUGAGCACUGUGGGAACGGGCUUCCCAAAAAGCCAACCCCGAUUUCAUUCCCAUUUCGAUUCCAAGAGUUUCUCCACAAGCUAUUUCCGAUUCUAAUUCCAAUUUUUCUGAAGUUCCAAUUGAAGUCCAGGCUCGGUGUUGCUCACAACCAAGGCUCUGAUAAUUUUUACUCGACUCCGGUGACAGUGUUGACAUUUUCCAGCGACCUCUGCAACUCUGAUCUCCCUCUCUCUUUUGGUAAUCAUUCUAAGAACUUAGAAUUGCAUUACUUAGGUACAUUAUCUUCUUUUGAUCAGUUUCUUGUGCAAAAUGAAUCUUCAUCUCAAAGGGCUUUUGAGUUGCAUGUUGAUUCAGAAAAUGAGCAUGAUGAGAUGGAAGCCUUAGUGCAAGAUGCUCUUGGAAUUCAUGACUUUCCUAUAGACAACCAACAAGAUGAUGAUGUGGGACAUGCAUCACAUCUUGAUGGUUGUACUAAGGAUGGAAAACUUAGACACCCUGCUAAUGGUGAAGCUUGGAAAGAAUUUGAUCAAUGAUACCCUGAUUUUGCCUUAGAUUCCCACAACAUUAGGCUUGGUUUAGCUAGUGAUGGUUUGAAUCCAUUUGAGCAAAUGAGCAAUGUCUACAGUAUAUGACCAGUAAUUUUAAUCAUAUACAAUCUGCCAACCUGAUCUUGUAUGAAACAAUCCUCAUUCAUUUUGUCAAUGAUUAUUCUUGGACCAAAGCCCAAGGAAUGACUUUGACAUCUAUCUGCAGCCUUAAAUAUGAUGUAUGUAUAUGCCAAUAUGUAAUACAAGAGUAGAAGAGUU